ACAUUUUUCUUGCUGACCAUUAUUAUCGAAGUUGCUUUACCCGAUAGGUUCCAGACAAACAAUAUCAGACGUCUUUGUUUUGCUUAAAAAAUUAAUAGUUCUUAUUGUUAAUUACCGGUGCCGCAUUAAAAAAAUACUGGUUAGACAACGAACUCUAUUGACGACGUAGAAGCUGAAAAAAUUGUGGAGUGAAAAAUUGUAAAAGUGACCGAAAAAACUAUACUUUGGCCAGCUAUAUUUCCACUUACAUCACACCAGCAAUGAACAUGUACAACGGACAGAUGAACGCCUUCGGAGGCGGUGGCGGCGGAGGAGCUGGUGGCCUAGCCGGCGGUAUGGUGCCCAAUCGCAUGGGCGGUGGUGCUCCCGGUGGCGGACCCGGCGGAGCGGGCAUGUUCCAGCGCAAUCGCUCGGCCCCAUACCCAGGUUUCAAUGGUCAUGGACCCGCCAACGGUGGACAGCGACGCAUGAACGGUGGUGGUCCUAGCAUGGGACCCGGCGGACCACGCAACCAGGAUGGAUUCGGUGGUCAGAACGGGGGCCAGCGCUCUUCCAAUCAUGGCGCUCACUUGCCCAAGAUCGUUUGGUCUGAGGUGAAUCUUACGCCAUUCCGCAAGAACUUUUACAAGCCGUGCGAUUCGGUGCUGGCCAGGACUGUCGGUGAAACAGAGACCUUCCUCACCAGCAAUGAGAUCACCAUCAAGGGCGAUCAGGUGCCCACACCCAGUAUUGAAUUCGAGGAGGGCGGCUUUCCCGAUUACGUGAUGAACGAGAUCCGUAAGCAGGGUUUCGCCAAGCCAACGGCCAUUCAAGCCCAGGGUUGGCCCAUUGCUAUGAGUGGACGGGAUCUGGUGGGCGUGGCCCAGACCGGAUCGGGCAAGACCUUGGCGUAUGUUCUGCCGGCGGUGGUGCACAUCAAUAACCAGCCGCGCCUGGAGCGCGGUGAUGGACCCAUCGCCCUGGUCCUGGCUCCCACUAGAGAGUUGGCCCAGCAGAUCCAGCAGGUAGCCAUUGAGUUUGGCAGCAACACGCAUGUGCGCAACACUUGCAUCUUUGGUGGAGCGCCCAAGGGACAGCAGGCUAGGGAUUUGGAGCGCGGCGUGGAGAUUGUAAUUGCCACACCAGGUCGCCUAAUUGAUUUCCUCGAGCGCGGCACCACCUCGUUGAAGAGAUGCACCUAUCUGGUGCUUGACGAGGCCGAUCGUAUGCUCGACAUGGGCUUCGAGCCCCAGAUCAGAAAGAUCAUGCAGCAGAUCCGACCGGACCGUCAGGUACUCAUGUGGUCAGCUACCUGGCCCAAAGAGGUGCGCCAGCUGGCCGAGGAAUUCCUUAAUAACUACAUACAGGUGAACAUUGGUUCGCUUUCGCUGAGCGCCAAUCACAACAUCCUCCAGAUCGUGGACGUGUGCGAUGAGAAUGAGAAAUUGAUGAAGCUGAUCAAGCUGCUAACAGACAUCUCGGCGGAGAACGAGACCAAGACCAUCAUUUUCGUGGAAACCAAGAAGCGUGUGGACGAGAUCACGCGCAAUAUCUCCCGCCAGGGCUGGCGCGCAUGCGCCAUCCACGGCGAUAAGUCGCAGCAGGAGCGCGACUUUGUGCUCUCGAGCUUCCGCAAUGGCCGGCACUCGAUACUGGUGGCCACCGAUGUGGCUGCCCGCGGACUCGGUGAGUAUACGUAGCCUUUGUGGGGCCCUAAAUGGGGCCAACUUUCGUUUUUUCUCUCCGUAACCAAGCAAUUGUUGCCUGUGGAUCAAUCAGCAUCCCGUGGGGUUUCAUUCAUUAUUUUGUGAUUCGUCGUCGACGCCUUCCUGGUUCGUCUGGUCUCAGCGAUCCGUCAGCGAUGAAUCGGCCAACACCGCCCAGCCUCUUCGCUCUUCCUUCCGCUCUGUUUCCAGAACUUUGGAGGUUUUUCGUUUCGGGUCUGUUCCGGAUUUCACAAGCUAUUCACGAUUUGAAGCUGAAAGCGCAUGAUUCCCAUUUUGGGGUCCAUUGAUGGAAUCUUCGCUUGCUUCAGUGUGUAAAUAAUACUCAUAGUUUUUUGUUUGUAUUCAUUUUAAUUUAAUUAAGCUGGGUAAACAGUAGCCUAAUCUAAGAGCUCUAGCGCAAAUCUUCGCCUAGCUGUGUUCGAAAUUAACUGGGGUUAGAUAUGGGGGUUAAAUAUUUGUAAACAAAUUUUUAUUUUAUGUUAUAUUUUAAAUGAAGUUUUGGGUAGCUAUGCGGAGUUAAAUGAGCUCAUUACUGGUUACCAUCUAUCAAAGAAUGUUAUUUGGUAAACGUGAAAACCGGAAAGGACCGCUUGUAUUUUUUUUUUAAAUUGCAUGUUCAAAUCUGUAGGCAGCCGAAAAAUUGUCAUUUAUUAUUUUUCAAUCAUUUUCGAGUGGUUCGAUGCCGGGUGGACCAUUAAGUCUAACUUAUUGAACCCUUUAGUUUGCUGAAUGAUUCUACGAAUCCGAAGAAAAGGUGUGGGCUCAAAUAAUGAGGGGAAUGUGUUUGUUCUCCAUGCAUUGCUGGUUAUAUGAUGUUGUUACUUUUAGUUCGUUUGUUGCUCUCUUGCUCAUAGUUUUUAGUUGUGUCUCGUCAAUCACAUUUUGAGUAACUUAAUUGUAAAAAAGCGAUUUACUGUCAGUCAAGGAGUCAAUGGCCAGCAAAAUAAUCUUAAAACAAAAAACCCAAACUAAAGAGUAAUCUCAGUGCACCCAAAAGAAAUUAACCUUUAAUCCAAAGCGAUUAAACCGUGCCUUAACUAUAACUAUAUAUAUAUAUCUUAAGUUUUUUUUUUAUUUAGUUUCUAGAACAAUGUGAAGUAACUAAUGUGUUGAGUAACAUUUGCAACAUUUUGCGGCCCAAGUAUUUGUUGACUGAUGAUAAUUUUCUGUAGCUUAUUUAUGUAUCAUAAAGUACCUAGUAUACUAUAUUACGUCGCUCCUUACUCUAUGUAUAAUACCUAAAUUUGUGUGUGAACAAAAAUAUCAUCAGCACUUUAUGAAAUGGACUUCGAUUUUUCAAAUGGCAAAACUAGACAAAAAAGAAAAAAACCCGUUCAAAGUUAAAAAGUUAUAUACACAAAGCAGUUAAAGAGAAAAGCUAUAUAUACAAGUUGAGGGUUGAGUUAUAAGUUUCUAGCAUUGCGGAGAUCCGUGGGAUCUCCAUCAUCACGGCCCAGUUGCGAGGACACCAUCUCCAGGGACUCUUAUUCGUAAGCCUAAUUCUAAUCCCAUAUUCUAACCCUAGAUCGCCAGGGUAAGUACUAGGCUAAUUUAUUUCUUCCUAAUCAUAGCAAUAUGCCCGCAUCCUCGUUCCCCCUUCCCUUCCAUCGAAGUAUGUUCCUCCUUUUAAACCAAAUCAGCACCCUUCUAUCAUAAGCUUUGAUCAUUCAUUCACAUUUAUGUACAUCUCUUAUUUAUAAUGUUAAUUUUAAUCAAGCCGUCUCUUGUAUGCAUUAAGCUUAAACAUUUAUAUUACGAUUUGUGUAUUCAAAAAUGAUAUAAAAGAAAGUAUGAUGAGAAGAAAAGGUCGAGGUCCACAUUUCUGCAGUAUAAAAAGAACAUAUGUCUAUUUGCCAAAGAUGUAUUGUUAUUAAUAUACGCUAAUAGUAUUGAUGGCGAAAUUUUUGUUCAAAGUACAAAACCAUACC